AUGCCCGAGUACGCAUUCAACCAUCGCCUCAAAACUCAGUCUAGCGACAAUGGUCCGCAUCUUAAUCUACCAUUUAUUCGCGGCCCCAAGAAUCCUAUGGCCGUCUCGAUAGUUAAAGGCGAUGAGCUUUGGCAGCUUUUUCCUGGUCUCGUGAUGUCCGCUGCUUGCAGCGAGGAUCCCACACCUACUUACAGUCCUACUCCUCUUCAGCACAGGCGUAUGCAAUUGCUGCCCAUUGGCAAUAAUUUCAGCCUAGAGCCACUCAAUCAGUAA